AAAGUUUCACUAGCUUCAUUGCGUAUGGCUCGUGGAGACUGCCUUUUCGGCCACGCACUUUGACGCGAAUCCCUCCCUCUGUCUCGUCGCUGCUAUUAUCCAAGCGUCAGUCGAGAUUGACCCUUGCAUCCUUUCCUUCUACUAGCCCUUGGUACAUAUGACCACAUGGACUCGCCGUCUGCUCCCCGCUCAUCCGAGGGGCGGCGUGCGUCACGGUCACGCAGUGGAUGCUGGACCUGCCGGACCAAAAAGGUCAAGUGCGACGAGGGAAGGCCACAAUGCCGGCGAUGCCUCCGGCUGAAGCUUCUCUGCGAUUAUACGCCCCGGCGGAAGGCAUUUCAGAUCGGACGGCAGAUCGUCCAGUCACAGCGCCGGUGCCCUGCUGCAGACACAGCCGGUACGGACACCGCGCCCCAAACGUCGCCCACCAGGGAUUGGUUCCAGUCAUUGUUGAGGCAAGACGAAGCAAGAUCUAUCUCGACCUUUCGCAUGCCAGUGCCCGCGACCAGCACGUCCUCGGUGGCACUCACGGCGAGCGACCAUGAGGCCAUCCGCUAUUUCCGGACGACUUUUGCCAAGCUACACCACACCAAGAAUCCGGAUUACUCUCUCUAUUCCAUCAUGUUCAAAGUCGCCGAGGUCAAUCCGGUCGUGAUGCACAUGGUGCUGGCGGUGGGAGGGCGAGAGAUGGAGUUUCAGAGGAAUCUACAGAGCGGACAGGCACUACUAGGGCGAGGAGCCGGUUCGCCUUUGUGGCAUUACUCCCAUGCCCUGAAGCUGAUGGCCGAAGUCAUCGGAAAUGAAAGUUCCAACCGGUUCAAUUUCGACUCGAUCUAUACCGCAUUGUACCUCAUGCUGUUUUAUGAACAAAAAUACGGGGACGACCAAUGCGCUGGACUGGUUCACCACCUCAACGGCGCCGCGCAGAUCCUCAAGCAACAAUACAGCGACCAGAUGAGCCUUUUCCCCCCGGUUGCUCGAGCACAUCAACCAUGGGUUCUCUCUUCCCAUGCCCAUGGGCUGGCACCAAACCACCACCUGUCCCUUUAUGCGGCCCGACUCUUAAUGUGGAUGGUGAGCUUUGACACUUCGGCGGCCUCCUAUGGAUUGGACAGUCAACUACAUGCCACCCUAUACGAACUCCUGAGCACGACUACCGUUGACGGGCCGGCUGGUCACUCCAGUCAGCCGUUGGAGAAAUUCGAGCAGUUGCACCAUUACUCCAGCCCACUCUACCGGAUCGUGUGGGGCGAGGGGUACCCCCAAACCGAAUUACUAGAUGACGUUAAAAAUCGAAACGUGUUCUUCUUAGAGGGUGCAUGUGUUCAACUGCGAUUUAUGGUAGCACAGCUGGCGAAAUUUGAGGACGGUAGGACCGAGGCGGCGACGCGGUGGGCGUCCGACAUUGAACUUUCGAUCGAGAACACUCGCAAUAAGUUUUGCGAUUUAAUUGAAGUCGCGGCGGGGCUGUCUGCCUCCACGGACAACUCGCACCGGCUCGUGGCCAAUCUCCGCCGGGUGGUGCCACUGUUCUACGCCGUGCUGAUUUAUUUUCGCCGCGUCCGAUCGGGUCUCAGUCAAUCUCGGACCCCGCAACAGGUCGACUCGUUCCGCCAUAUCAUGAAUCUGGCAUUCCAGGCGCACAAGUACGACGGGGAAAAGGCCAUGGUGCGCAUCGCGUGGCCGUUGUUCAUGGUGGCCCUGGAGACGAAUGACCACCUCCACCGGGAGUGGGUCCUCAGCCGAUUCCGUGGCAUCCGUCAAUUUGGCUUGAAUUUCGAACGAGCAUAUCAGUUCUUAGUUCCUGUUGUUGAUCUGCAAAGCAAGUUGGGGGAACGUGUGGAUGUGCGGGGUAUAUCUCCAUCUCGUGAUUUUGGCUUGUUUGUUCUCUAGUCUUUCUUUCAUGAACAAUCCGGGAGUCUGAACUUUAAACCACCACCGCUUCGACUGAAUAGCCGACUGUCGCUUAUUCCAUACAUGUUGGACAAGAUCUUUGGCUCGUGGCGCUAGGGCCAUUCCAUAUCCAGUACUGUACGUCAAUUGCGGGGAAAAGGUUACGAAGAGCCUUGAAGCGGCACUCCAGUCGUUCUGUAUGUAUAUAAUGUCUCCUUCAAUGUAGCUUGAGCCCCAGUUCAACGCUUGCAUUUACCCAAGUCAAACCUUGCCCACACUACGGC